AUGGACAACGACACCGGGCAGCUGAUGGCGGUGAAGCAGGUGCACGUCUCCAAGGCCGGCUCCAGCAAGGUAAGCGAGCACGUGACGGCGCUGGAGGCGGAGGUCAGGCUGCUGCAGCAGCUGGACCACCCCAACAUUGUGCGCUACCUGAGCACGGAGACCACCAACGACGCGCUGCACAUCUUCCUGGAGUUUGUCCCUGGUGGCAGCAUCGCCUCCCUCCUCGCCAAGUUCGGCCAUUUCCGGGAGACGGUGGUGAAGGUGUACACCCGCCAGAUCCUGCUGGGCCUGGAGUACCUGCACGCCCACGGCAUCAUCCACCGUGACAUCAAGGGCGCCAACAUCCUGGUGGACAACACGGGUUUGGUGAAACUGGCGGACUUUGGGGCAUCCAAGAAGAUCGAGGACCUAGUGACCAUCGACUCGGGGUUCAAGUCCAUGAAGGGCACCCCUUACUGGAUGGCCCCCGAGAUCAUCAAGCAGUCGGGGCACGGCCGCCAGGCCGACAUUUGGUCGGUGGCCUGCACCGUGAUCGAGAUGGCCACGGGACGGCCUCCCUGGAGCGGGCUGGGCAGCCAGGUGGCAGCCAUGUUCCACAUCGCGUCCUCCAAGGGGCCGCCCCCCAUCCCGGAGCACCUCUCCGCCGAGAACUGGAAGGACCGGCCGCUGGCGGCACAGCUCCUCCAGCACCCUUUCCUGGCCUCGGUGCCGCCCCGGACGGUGGCUGCUCCACUGGCCAGCAUCGCCACGGGCCGGGCUGCAGGAGUAGGUGGCGCCCCCGCCAUCCCUCCAGUCGUCGCUCGUGCCGCUCCGCCGGCCACCCAGGCGGGGGAGCACGCGGCCGGCGGUGAAGGGGCCCAGGGAGACCUGGACAGCCCCGCAAUCAAGGCGUGGCGCACACCCCCCAAGGCCGGCGAGUCUCCCUCGGGCUCCAGCAAUGCCGGCAGGGUGGAUGAUGGCGAAGCAUCGGAUCCAGACACCCCACCGGGACCCUCUGGAGACCCCAGCCCCGUCAAGGGCUCGGAGGGGCCGGCGCGGACGGCAUCGCAGGGCCGUGGCGUGGCAGCGGGGCCCGGCUCCGCCUGCGGCGCGUUCGGAGGCGGCGCGGCAGAGGGCGCUGGGGUUGACGCGGGAACGAUCCCCGGCCCCUUCGUCGUGGCGGCCAGGGGCGCAGUGGCGGCUGGCAAAGCCGCUCACACCGGCUCGCCCCUCCCCUGCCGCACCGGCCCCGGACUCUCGCAGCGGGGAGCAGGCGAGCGCGGCGGGGACGGGGGGCAGUCCUGCGUGGACGCGACGGGCACGAGCGGCGAGGGGGGGGGUGAGGCGGGCGCCCCCGUCCGCUCCGGCAGCACCUGCCCCGGCCGGCGGGAACGGCCCGCGGCCACUUCCAUCCGCGCCGCGCCGUCGGCGGGCGUACGCCAGAGCAUGCCCGCGCUGCUGCGGGAACGGGAGGCGUCGCGGUCGCCGACCGAGCGAGCGCUGUCUGGGAGCGCCGCCUUCCUGCCGGGGCGUGCGGGGUCCGUGGCCGGCAGGCACCUCCAUCGCAGGCCCUCGGGGGAGGGCACAGCAGCCUGCCAGCAGGCCGACCUUGCACCUGGCGCCGAGGCGCCGGUGAGGGCGGCAAGGUCGACGGUGGCAAGGCCGGCGACGGAGCGGGCAGGGGUGCCUGCGACGGAGUCGCUCCCGCCCUCGCCGGCGCGCCGCAGGCAUUCGGACGCAUCGCCCCGCGACCCCGUUCCCCCACCCGCCGCGGACUCGUGGGAGGAGGCGGCGGCUGUGGCCACGGCGGCGGGCCCCGACGCGCGCGAGGACAAGGACCUGGGGUCCUGGUGGCCGCCCUCCCCCGCGCGCGACCACAUGGUGUGGACCAACGAGGACGGCGACAUCGACGCCCUGCCCUGGGACGUGGGCAGAUCCUCCAUGGCCGCCCCGGCCGGCCUCUUCAGGGCCGCGCUGGGGUGA